UGUGAAAGCAACGUGAGCUUCAACCAGCACCACCACACCCCAAAGGGUAAGGGUAAAAAGUAAGCCUUGGGCAGUGCUGCUUUAGCAAAAAAUCGUGAAUACUUGCCUAAGAGUAGAAGAGAUAUGAAUCUGACACAAAGAAGAGUCCCUCAAGUAUUUGGACUUGGAAGAAGCAGCAGCAUCAGGUCCUUCAAGUCCAUCGAUUCGUCCUCUAUUACCCGCGGCAUCCACGUUUUCCAAUGCCCUGACGCUGUUGGUAUUGUUGCGAAGCUAUCAGAAUGUAUCGCUUCCAGAGGUGGAAACAUUCUUGGGGCUGAUGUUUUCGUCCCUGAAAACAAGAAUGUCUUCUAUUCUAGAAGUGAGUUUAUUUUUGACCCUGUUAAAUGGCCACGGUUGCAAAUGGACGAGGACUUUCUCAGGAUUUCAAAAAUGUUUGAUGCAACAAGGUCCGUUGUCCGGGUGCCUAAGCUAGACCCCAAAUUCAAGAUUGCUGUUCUUGCUUCAAAGCAGGAACACUGCUUGAUUGAUUUGUUACACUCAUGGCAAGAUGGAAGACUUCCGGUUGAUAUAACUCGUGUAAUCAGUAAUCAUGAUAGAUUCCCAAACACGCAUGUGAUUCGAUUUCUUGAAAGGAAUAGUAUUCCUUACCAUUAUUUGGGCACCAGCAAAGAGAAUAACAGAGAAGACGAGAUCUUGGAUUUGGUUCAGAAUACUGAUUUUUUAGUUCUUGCCAGGUAUAUGCAGUUAUUAUCUGGUAAGUUUUUGCAGAGAUAUAGGAAAGAUAUAAUUAACAUUCACCAUGGCCUUUUGCCAUCAUUUAAGGGUGGGCAUCCAUCAAAGCAGGCAUUUGAUGCGGGUGUGAAAUUAAUUGGUGCGACAAGUCACUUUGUUACUGAAGAGCUUGAUGCAGGGCCUAUCAUUGAGCAGAUGGUAAUCAUUGUUGAGAGGGUUUCCCAUAGAGAUAAUAUACAAAGUUUUGUGCAGAAAUCAGAGAACCUUGAGAAACAAUGCCUUGCAAAAGCUAUAAAAUCAUACUGCGAAUUGCGUGUUUUGCCUAACGAGGAAAACAGAACUGUUGUAUUCUGAGGUGAAGACGAAGGAGAGAAAUCUGUUGACAGUGAUUACAAUCUGUAUGCAUGUCAAGUUAUUCAUUUAAAUUUUCUAAUUAAAAUAUUGACAACACAUAGAAAUGAUGACUACGUCUACUUCAAACUCAAAAGUCACCCAGUGAAGUUCAAGCCUUCUUUUUCGAUUUGA